AAGAGUUUGAAGAUGGCACGAACCAAGCAGACCGCUCGUAAGUCCACCGGUGGAAAGGCUCCCAGGAAGCAGCUCGCUACCAAGGCUGCCCGAAAGAGCGCUCCCGCUACCGGCGGCGUGAAGAAACCUCACCGCUACAGGCCUGGGACUGUGGCUCUGAGGGAGAUCCGCCGCUAUCAGAAAUCCACCGAGCUGCUGAUCCGCAAGCUGCCCUUCCAGCGGCUGGUCAGAGAAAUCGCUCAGGAUUUCAAGACCGACCUGCGCUUCCAGAGCUCCGCUGUGAUGGCGCUGCAAGAGGCUAGUGAGGCUUACCUGGUCGGGCUCUUUGAGGACACCAACCUGUGUGCCAUUCACGCCAAGAGAGUCACCAUCAUGCCCAAAGACAUCCAGCUGGCCCGCCGCAUCCGUGGAGAACGCCCGCCGGCCUGCAGGAUCUUCUUGAGCGCCGCCACGGACAGCCCGCUGCGCUCCUUGGAGGCAGACACAGCCUUGACGAUCAGCUCCGACACGCUGGGACCCGAUUUCUUGGGCUUGGCCGCGGUCUUCUUCUUGGGAGCUUUAGCCGGAGCAGGAGCGGCUGUUUUUCAUACUGUGUACUUGAGUUUGAAGAUGGCACGAACCAAACAGACCGCUCGUAAGUCCACCGGUGGAAAGGCUCCCAGGAAGCAGCUCGCUACCAAGGCUGCGCGAAAGAGCGCUCCCGCUACCGGCGGCGUGAAGAAACCUCACCGCUACAGACCUGGGACUGUGGCUCUGAGGGAGAUCCGCCGCUAUCAGAAAUCCACCGAGCUGCUGAUCCGCAAGCUGCCCUUCCAGCGGCUGGUCAGAGAAAUUGCUCAGGAUUUCAAGACCGACCUGCGCUUCCAGAGCUCCGCUGUGAUGGCGCUGCAAGAGGCUAGCGAGGCUUACCUGGUCGGGCUCUUUGAGGACACCAAUCUGUGUGCCAUUCACGCCAAGAGAGUCACCAUCAUGCCCAAAGACAUCCAGCUGGCCCGCCGCAUCCGUGGAGAACGCGCUUAAACUGCAAAACCCUUAAAACAGUGAAACCCAAAGGCUCUUUUCAGAGCCACC